AAAUUAUCGUGGGAGUAUUGAACAAACAUAAAACAUGCUCGAUAUAAGGGAAAAAGAGAAGAAUGGGGACACGAAUGCAGCUUUUGUGUUUAAUCUCUUGUGUAUUCCUGUUAGCUAGCUCAUAUUAGUUGAAUGAAUGAUACACGGCAUAUUGUGACUGAUAUCGGCGAAAUUAUGUGGAAGUGUAAUUUAACAGUAGUUCUUAUUCUUGUCGUCUGCAAGGCAAUCUGUGAUGGAAGGAAGGAUAUUCAGAAUGAUCACAAACACUGGAAGGCAGAUAUCGACGGUGGGAGAUUGAUGAAUUCGGUUGUCAAGGCGUGUCCAAGGGUUGUAACCCGUGAAGAGUGGGGUGCUCGACCUGCCAAGGAUAGGUCAGACAUGGCAACUCCGGUUCCCUUUGUGAUAUUACAUCACACCGAUAUGCCAGAAUGUUUUACCUUUGACGACUGCUGUAAGAUGAUGCGAUCCAUACAGGAUUUCCACAUGGACGUCAGGGGAUGGAACGACAUCGCAUAUUCCUUCCUGGUCGGCGAAGACGGUUUGGUAUACAGAGGUCGAGGAUGGGACACCGUGGGUAGUCAUGCACCCUGGUAUAACUUCAGAUCAUUAGGCAUAUCUAUCAUGGGUAAUUUUACAACGAAGCUUCCGAACCAGAAGGCAAUAGAAGCUGUCGAUGAAAUCAUUAACUGUGCCAUUGUAAACAAUAAACUCAAGUCUGACUACAUUCUCUAUGGUCAUCGUCAAGCUACUCCAAACAGGACCUGCCCAGGCCAGGCUCUGUUUGACAUGAUCCAAACUUGGCCUCACUGGAAACCCGGAAACCACUUUCCACCAAAGCAGUGACAAAAAAAAAAUACAACUUCUUACUAGGCUUAAGGUCAUCGCGUUCACUUCCGAAACGAGGAUAGGAUUUUUUUAUUAUUUUAUCUAGAAACUUAAUGCUUCAUGACAGUAUGCCUGAAUAUGUUGUUUUUACUCAUAUAUAUUAAUUUCAUUUUCAAUAAGAAAAUUAUAAAUAAAACCAUCCUACGCAUACAUCGGAAAUCAUUUGAAAUGUUUAGUUUUAAACACUUUAAAAAAUAUAUGAAUGAUGAGCUCCACAUCAUUGAUGUGCUAGUAUUAUUAUCUAGAAUAUUUAGUGCAAAAGGAGUUUACAAAAAAAAUCGACAGUGAUUUAUAUAGCGCUUUUUCUAUUUGUUUUAGCUCCAUGGUGCUUAAAAUUCCAUUCAAGGAAAAUAUAUAAAUAGGUCUUCUUUUUAGUAAAAAAACAAAAGCCUCUUGGAAAAAUAACAAUAGCUGCCCCAAAUAAAACCAACAACUUUCGGUUUUCAAUGCACUAUUCAAAACGAAAAUUACUGAAAUGUCUAUUUGAUAUUGCUAUAUAAUGAAUGAGGUUUUGUAUGAAGUGUUGCUAUAUUACGCAUAUAAUACGAGUUGAUGAAUACAUUUAAUUGUUUUAAUCUUUCAGUAAA